AGACAUAUUCUGCAUGAUAAUCUAAGCUUUUAAGGAUUUGAGCCAUUGUUUUUCCGCCUGCUUUUUGUAGGCCCUUUUAGCCAGUUUUUCCUCCCUAUAUAAUACCUGCCCUGGUUUUCUUCCUCUUUCUCAGAACCAACCCAAUUACCCAGUCCACCAUUUCCCUUCAAAACCUUGCAAGAACUCCUCCUGCUCAUUGGUUGAACACAGAUCGUAAAACCAUGCAAGCCAGAGAGGUUUCCGGACUGAAUUAUCAGUUUCAGGUCCAUUCAAGCCCAUAUGCAUACCCACCCCAUUACAUCUCUCCGCAGAACAAUAUAUCCACAUUCCAGCUUCAAAGAUUCGCCAAUCAGCUAUACAAUUUCCAAAACCCUCCUCAAGUUCAGGACUUUAGUCCUCAAUCAUCGUGUCUGAGCGGCAAUUCCACUUCUGAUGAAGCAGAUGAGCAACAACAGAACUUCAUCAUCAACGAGAGGAAGCACAGGAGGAUGAUAUCGAACAGGGAAUCUGCUCGCAGGUCACGCAUGAGGAAGCAGAAGCACCUGGACGAGCUGUGGUCGCAGGUAGUAUGGCUCAGGAAUGAGAAUCAUCAGUUGAUAGAUAAGCUGAACCAUGUGUCGGAGAGCCAUGAUCGAGUGGUUCAGGAGAAUGCUCAGCUGAAAGAGGAAGCUUCGGAGCUUCGUCAGAUGUUAAAGGACAUGAGGCUCAACAGUCCCUGCCCUUCCUUGGGCCCUCUGGAAGAUGUCCUCUGUAGCUCCUCGUACCUCGGAUCUGAUUCCUCCAACCAAUCCUUAACCACCUCCAUCGACCUGCUCGGCUAAUUUGGAAUGGAAGGCAGAGAUUUUUUAUAUCUCUUUUGAUUUUCUUUGUCUUUGGUUCCUCUGUCUGUGUGAAAUAGUAUGCAAAAAUAGUAGUCUUUGCCUCCUUUUUAAGCCCUGUGGGGUGAGCUGAUAAAUGGCAAUAACAUGUUUUUUAGUAUCUUUGUUCAAAA